ACUUAAACCCCGAAUCCAUUGGUGAGACAAUAAGCCCAAGAAAAACCUCGAGUAAAUGGCGUCUCGCACUCUCACUUGUUCCAAAAGGUUUGCUCUGUAUUUCAGCAAGCCCAAAGUCUUUUCAUGCGAAUCGUUUACUCCUCUGAUCCCAGCUUUUUUCUCAACGCAUAUUGUUGGGGACAGACCAGUUCUUGUUCGAGAUUUUAUCUGGUCUGCAUUGUACGACCCAAAUCAUGGUUACUUCUCCCAUAGAUCUGGGUCUGUGGGAAUGCUUGAAGAAAGCAUUAAGUUUAAUCGGCUACAAGGCCGGAAAGCUUAUAUGAAAUACUUGGAAGGUAUCUACAGCCAGAAUGACAUCGCCUGGUUUACUCCAGUUGAACUUUUCAAGCCUUGGUACGCCUAUGGAAUUGCUGAAGCCAUAUUGCGCACUGCUGACCUUUCAGUUCCUCUAAAAAUAUAUGAAAUUGGUGGUGGAUCAGGAACUUGUGCAAAGGGCAUAAUGGAUUACCUAAUGCUGAAUGCACCUGCUAGAGUUUACAAUAGUAUGAGUUACAUUUCGGUGGAAAUUAGCUCAUCAUUGGCUAAGAAACAAAUGGAAACUGUUGGAGCAGUUCGUAGUCACUUGUCAAAAUUUAGAGUAGAAUGUCAUGAUGCUGCCGACAAGAAUGCAUGGGCAGGUAGCAUAGAUCAACAACCAUGUUGGGUUAUAAUGCUGGAGGUGCUUGAUAAUCUUCCACAUGAUCUUAUCUAUUCAGAAAAUCAAGCAUCCCCAUGGAUGGAAGUAUGGGUUGAGAAGCAACACAACAGGGUAGCACUGUCUGAGUUGUAUAAACCAUUACAAGAUCCAUUGAUUAAACGGUGUGUUGAGAUCAUAGACCUGGAGAAGGAUCAUAACACUCAAGGAAGAGCAAUUUCAGCUGCAAGACACAUUUGGUCUAAAGUUUUUCCAAAGCCUCGAAGAUGUUGGCUACCAACUGGUUGCUUGAAACUUUUAGAGGUUUUACAUGGAGCCCUGCCAAAGAUGUCUUUGAUUGCUUCAGACUUCAGUUACCUACCAGAUGUGAGAAUACCUGGUGAAAGAGCUCCAUUAGUUUCAACCAAGAAAGAUGGUAGCAGUUCAGAUCACAGCAGUUAUCUAGAUGCAAAGGGUGAUGCUGAUAUCUUUUUCCCUACAGACUUUUGGCUUUUAGAACGUAUGGAUCACUUCUGCUCUGGGUGGCUGAAAGCAUGUGAAUAUAAAUCAUCCAAACAGGGGAGGAAGAGGCGAAUUAUUACACUUGAUACGUCCUCAUUCAUGGAGGAAUUUGGCCUGCCCUCAAAAACGAGAACCAAAGAUGGAUACAACCCACUGCUGGAUGACUUCAAGAACACUAAAUUUUAUCUGAGUGUUCCAACGCAUAAUAUCAAAUAGACAACCAGCAUCACUACUCGAGUGAGUCGGGGCACUUUGUCUCCGAGCAAGCGGGCAAGUUGAGAAUAUGUAAAGAUUCUGGAGCAGCAAUGAGAAAUAAGAUCUACCUAAUGAAGAAUUACUUUGGUGGCAAAAAAGAAGCGGUACACAAAGCUUCAUUAUUUUUGUUGUGAUAUGCAUUAAAAUGCUCCUGACGAUUGUCCCGGAUCACAUUCAGUUUUGGUCACAAUUAUUUGUGUUGAGGAUUAAAUGAGCACUGUGUUAUUCAUGUGUAAUACUAAGACUCCAUGGACAACGCUUUUAGUGAACAUUUCUUAAUAUAAAAAGAGCUUUUAAAGAAAAA